GUUAGGUCUUUCACAUUUCCACUUCUUCCCGGACGUCUACACUGGAGAAAUUGUUAAACCUACUAUUGCAUAUUCAUCAAGUAAAAUAAAACAGACAUGAGGACCUACAUUUUCUGUGCAUUCACAGUGCUUCUAUGCGCAUUGGGUACCACGGCUACAAUUAGAAAGUUAGCAAUAAAUCGUGGAGUUGGUGCUGGCAACGGAGUACAGCAUGAUGUGAGCGACAUUGGUGUCGAAUGCACUCCCGGUGUACCAUUCAGGUAUGCAGACUCAAAGUGCAAUUAUUUGAAGUGCAAAGAUAAUAUAUAUGAAGUGGAAAUAUGCCCGGAUUCCAUGGCUGUCAUUGACAGUUUAAAAAAGGAUGACGUAGCAACUGUAAACCCCUGUUCCAAACCUGACCCGGACUGUAAAAAAACGUUAGAGCAAAAAGGUCUAGGCGACCAGGAUGUACAAGCUUGUGGACUUGAUCUAAACUUGAUAAUAGAUAUGUCAAUUUCCAUCAGCGCUAUAGAUAAAGUGAAAGUAAGAAGCUUUAUUUUGAAGCUUGUGAAAAGUCUUCGACUUGGAGAUGCAUUUACAUUGGUGUCAGGAUCAACUUAUGGAUCUGAAGUCCACCCAUUUCUUAAAUUCAACACGUACAAUACGGGUACAUCGAUUCUACAAGCAAUAAGGAAAAUGGAAAUGAACCCAAAGAAGGGAACAGCUACCUAUCUUGCUUUACGAGAGGCCAGAGAACAGUUAACUACUGAAUUUGGACGUAGACCAGACAAAAAGGCUGCUUCCAUACUGGUGACAGAUGGCGUCACUAACCCAUUUGACAAGUCACCUGAGACUAUAGAGGAAGCCAAGAAAUUGAAAGACCCAAAGAGUUACGAAAAGGGAGUUUCCCCACCAACUGUAUUUUUGAUAAAAACUCCAAAUAAUAAAUCUACGGGCAGCGUUUCAGCGGCAGAGAAGGCCAAGUUGGACGAAAUCAUGGAAAAGGAAUUUGCAGCGAUACCAUCACCAGGCGCGGAACAUCUUAUUAAACUCGACAGUUUCGAAGACCUCGAAGGAGUAAUUGCUCCUAUUCUCCGAUCAUCGUGCGAGGAUUUAUAAUAACGCUAUACUUUCACUUCUAUCAAUAAAAUGAUAAUGCAACUUCCA